UGUUAUCAUCAGAGAUCACACCCAUACAAACUCAUAAACUCUCUCUUCUAGAAAGCCAUGGAGCUCUUUUGGGAGCUUGCCUUCACCAUAGCUCUUUCUCUUCUACUUCCAUUGAUUUUCAUCAAGCUCCAGCCCGUGACCUCAACCUUUGAGGCAAACGAGAAAGUGGCUGUUAUUGGGCGUGAUCAUGAUCAUGAUCAUGAUCUUGGAGUCAAAUCUGAUUCUCAGAAUUGGGAAACAGAGGAAGUUGUUCGGAUUGUGGGAAAAUUUGAUGACUUUAGAGAUAAACCAAUACUGGGAAAGCUAAUAGUCCCAGAAAUAGUUGAUGUGAGUUGUGGAUCGCCAAAAAUACGCAAUUCAGUGAAGAUUUAUGAGAAUCGAGUUUACAAUGAAAUUGAACUCGUGGAUUUGGCGGAGGAUCCCGUUCAGGACGAUUGCGGUUUCAUAUGCGGGUGUGCAGUGGAUGAGAGUAAUCAAGGGGUUAACAUCAACCAAGUAGAGGUAGAACUGGUGGAAUUGGAAUCUAGAGCACACGAUGUUGAAGAGCUUCAGAUCUCGAAGUGCGAAAUAAUUUGUAAUGAGAUUGAUGAAUCUAGUAGGAACGGGGAAGUUGGGAAAAACUGGGGUUUGCUGGAUGAGGAUGAUUGGGAGGGAAUAGAAAGAACUGAGUUGGACAGGCGUUUUGGUGCAGCAGUUGUAUUUGUUGGGUCUAAGAGUAAUGCUGAUCUAGUUACGAAUCUUGGUAAUGAUGUCAAGACGAAGCUUUAUGGUUAUCACAGAAUUGCCACCCAGGGUCCUUGCCAGGAACCCCAGCCAACGGCACUGAAGUUCUCUGCUCGAGCAAAGUGGAAUGCAUGGCAACAACUUGGGAUUAUGAGUCCAGAGCAGGCUAUGGAGCAGUAUAUCAGCCUUCUUUCAAAAAGCAUUCCUGAUUGGAUGACAGAUUAUCCUUAUGAUAAUGCUAAACUGGCUUCUGCUGACAUCCAUGCAUUUGCAUAGCUAACCUUAUGAUUUGAAGGCAUAGCUACAAUAACAAAAAGGAGCAUAACAUGAUAAGUAUUCUUUCAUCACCUGCACAAUGGUACCUUCGUUGAGGUCACUACCGAUGAAGUGGGGAUGCAAAUUUCACUUGUAGAAUUGUGAUUAUUGAAUUGUAGUUCUUGGCCACAUUGUCAAAUAAUUCUGCAUCUUCCCCAGGUUAAGGAACUGCUCUGUAUAUGAUGACAGAAUGUAAUGUC